AGAGAAAUGCAAAUCAUUCCUUUCAGGAACUGGUAAGAAAUGUUGAGAGGUAAUCCUUUUGGCGUCCUUUACAAACAAAAACUUAGUGGCACAGUUCAGUACAAUAGUGGCAGCAGGUUCUUGCUUCAAAGGUAGCUAAGCAUGAUUGCAACACUUGAACGUAAUUUGCACUCAAACUUGAUAUGAACAAACCCCAUUCUGGACCAUAGAGCUCUAUAUUUAUCUACACCUUCCUUCCACCGACACCUGCGAAUUGAAGAUCAAACAGAGAGAGCUCACUAUGGCAUGCUUCGAGAGGGCGUCACCCGCGUUAAAGGAGAUCCUGCUCAAGUUAUAUCGUUCAAGAAAACCUCUGGAUAUUGAUCAUCACUUGUAUGAAUUUGGAUCUGUAGAAUACUACAUUCAGUCUUCAGGGGCAGAUCCACAUCAUAACUUCCUAUCAAUAUCAACACCACUGUUGUCUCAAGGACCUCUGCAAUCAUACGGGUUAUCACCAUACACUAUACAGACGAUAAAAGAGGUUUGUUCUGAUGCUGUAGAGAUUAUUGAACCCCCACAAGAAGGAUAUCAGCUCACUCUAAAACUUAAUUUCGCCAAGAUUCCAAGUGAAAAAGAAUCUGAAAAAGUAAUUAGACGAAUUUCUUCAGUUCAAGCAGUUAUAUUGAGUUCCCAGCUGAAAGAAAUGCUGGAGAAUGUCAAUUCCCAGGAGAUGUCUCAGGGGACGUAUAAACCAUUCAAACUCGUCUAUCAUCCAAGAGAGCCUUUUUAUGUCAUCAAAAAGCCACAAAAAUUAACUGCAAUAUUCCCGAUGCGUUUUAAAGAACCUUCAGACGUGGUUAUUGCAACAGCAUUUUUUCAGGAACUUAUGGAUGUCGGAAGUUCUGAAAGAUGGGCUAAAGCACCACCUUGCACCUGGUCCCCUAUUCCUCCGCCCGAAUUGAGAGGAGAACCUAUAGAAGAUUUAAGCACCAACGGAGGGUUUGUUUCUUUUGAUAUUUCAUCACGUCAUGUUGAAGGUAAAAAACUAGAAAAGACAGUUUGGAGUUUAUUAAACUUUUAUGCCUAUACGAGAAACCAUGUGAAGUGCACUCGAGGAUUCAUACAGAGAAGGAUGAAAAAGCGUUUAGAAAGCUUGGUUGAGGUCCUCCACAUGGAAAUUCAGGAUGUAAAUGAGGAUGGUAAAAAGGUUAAAGCAAAUGCAGGAUGUGGAUAUGUUAAGAAACUGGUCAGCUUCCCAAAAUCUGCAAUGCUUAAACAAAGAUGUGGCGAGUUCACCAAAAAGCUUAAACAAAGUCGUUUUCGAAUUAAAAUCCAUGGAUUUAGGCGCUUUAGAAGACGUUGGUUCUCAAUCCCAAACUUCUCUUCUACAUUGGGAUAUACUAAACUGGAUUGACACAUACAUAUUAAAAUUUCAAUUGAAAAUAAGGCAUGUAAUUCUAUGCAAAUGUGGGAUUCUAUAUUUUUUUUACUACUAUUAACACAA